GAAUGGCUAUGGCGGUUUCGUCCUCAACAUCUCCGAGGCGAUCGGACGCGACCAUGGUUCGAACCAAAGUGCGAUGCAAGAUGACAAUCCUGCUACUACCGGUAACGGCGAUCAUGCUGUUGAUGGUCCAGCCAAGCCUCGCGAGCGAUCGGCGCGUGGCGGCGGAGCGGGGAACAGCUGCAAGACGACUUCAGAUCUCGACGAGUCCAGCUCCAAGCGCAGCCAUCGAUUCCAAGCCUCCACCGUGGCGUAGUAGCGGAGAGGAAGGCAGGCAAACGGCGGGGACUCUGACGCUGGUUAAUGACUCGUCGACGGGCUCCUUGUUCAAGACGAAUGAGGUGGUGGUAAGCUACUCAUCUCCAUCUCCAGCAGAUUAUCAUCCCCUUGACCUUGCAGGGUGCGAGAGUAGGGUUCGUAACAUGGUCUUUGUACCCAACGUCACGGUCUUCUACUUCAGCCUCCAGAUCGUUUGCGCGGACUCGUACCGUGACACGGUCAUCGCUAGAGCCGAUCUCCUGCCAUUAAAGAGGCGCAAGAAGACACUUGUGGACGCUGAGACCAUAGCCGUAUUCCCGCCAAACGGGAGUGCCCCAGGUCCGAUCCCCAUGAAUAGCAGUCCCGCGGAGACGCCGCCCCCAUCCUCAUCCUACACAUCCGCUCCUGGGACAGGCUUGGGAUCGCAUGCCCUCUCAUCAUCAUAUUACCCUCCCGCUUACGCUUCCUUGGCGCCGGCCUCGGCAACACGCUCGGCAGCAGCAGAAGCAGACGCCUCAGCCGCAGCAGAGGCACGGUUCUCGGAAGCAGCGGCAGCGUACAGCUCGGCUGCACAACAAUCAGAGACCUGGGGCUGGGACGAAGAAUAUGGCUCGCCCGAACUAGACGCAGAGCCCUCGGGCGCAGACGAAUCAUAUUCGUUGCCACCCUCACCGAUGCUUCGUAAGGUUCUGUUGGAGACACAGUCCUGGUCAUUAGACGAAUUAGAGUUCUGGGCAGCAGAGGAAGGACGGCGCUGGACAUCUAGUUCAAGGGCGCCUCCGUCGGGAUCCGAGCUGCUAUCCAUCAGGGCAUUGAUCUCAGAGCCGCAUUCCGCCUGGGCAUCGAUCUUCUCGGGACCCCCAUCGGGACCGGCGGCUGUACUGGUAGUACAUCCUCGGGAUGACCCCGUUUCACUGCAGGGUUCCACGCAUGGUCCUCCGGAUGUCAUCUUCUCAGAUAACGGAGAAGGGCUGAUCCCUCCUCUGAAGUAUCAAGCAGGCUCGGCAGCAGCCUCGGCAGCAGCCUCGGCUUUAGUGGAGGUAGGGUCAACCGCGCGACGAUCGAUGAGGCGAUUGGCAAAAAGUUCUCCGCCUUCAUUACUCGUCGUCGGCGGCCUGGAGCUGUCCGAUCUGGGAGCGAACCUUCUCGUCACUUUCCCCGAAGCUUCCGUGGGCAAUUCCUCGACCACGAUGAUCACGUUCUUGUCGACUACUUCGGGCCAUCAAGAGCCAGUGCGAGUAGCGAGUGCUAGAACGGCGGGAAGCAUGGCCUUCAACCCAACGAAGACGAAACUAUACCUUGCUGACGUGGCCGAGCCUCCACGACUUCUUGCUGCGGAGAUUGCGGACACGGAGAUGUGUGUGAACACGUCAACGAGGUUCGAGAUCCUUCACACCUUCGAAGGGGAUGGAAGAUAUCCUUAUGUGAGAAACCUAUCCUUCAGUAGACAGAGCUUUUCAGGCGAUGGCAGUUGCUUGUACUUGGUAGACCCAGCGCUCAGCCAAGUGUGGGGUUUUAACCCAUUAUCGAGGGCGUUUACCUUGAUAUGGGGAUGGAUGCAUAAAGCGUCGGGGCCUGGGCCUGAUUCCGAGGCUGCUGCCGAGCCGGAGGUCUUGGGACCGGACUCCGGUCUGCUGGAUAUCGUGGCAACGGAUGACGGGUGCAAUCUCUUCUGCAUCGGUACCCCUCCGUCUCCGUCGCUUUCUGAGGUCAGCAGUUCGAACUCUAGCGGCAGCAGCAUUUACUGGGUGACGCUAGAUUCGCCGUGUGCCGCCAGCGGAAGCGUGAAGACAGUCGCCAGAGCGGAUGGCUUUGCAUUGCACGGAGUGGCACUGCAUCAAUUCGACGGCAAGUUGUUUCUCUACGUCGGAUCGAACGAUGGUCGGGUGUUCGAGCUGGAGAUCGAGUGGUCGCGACUCCACAGGUGUGCGUCGUCGUCGUCGUCGGGCAAAUCUCAUCGUCUGUCGAGGGCAGCUGUCAUCACCAUAGCCGUCCUGUCAUCGCUCGCUGCAGUUGUGGCGAUGGCGACCACGGUCAUCCUGUUCGUUGCUCACCGGAAGAAGAAAGCGUCCGACGUGCCCGGUGUAGCCGCAGCAGAGCUCCCCUCUAGGACUGCGAUCGAACCUGUCGGACGCCCGGACGUGGGCGUCUAGCUAUCCGUCAGGAGCUGAUAAGCAGAGAGGUAUGGAAGCAGGUGCCAGCGGCUUGAAGAGGCCUUCCCAGU